AUGUCUCUGAGAGAAAGUCACAGCGGCGUGAACCAGCUCGGCGGUGUGUUUGUCAACGGCCGGCCGCUGCCAGACUCGACCCGACAGAAAAUCGUCGAACUCGCGCACAGCGGGGCUCGGCCGUGCGACAUCUCCCGAAUCCUGCAGACCCAUGCAGAUGCAAAAGUCCAAGUGCUGGACAAUCAAAACGUAUCGAAUGGCUGUGUGAGUAAAAUUCUGGGCAGGUAUUACGAAACUGGCUCCAUCCGACCGCGGGCUAUCGGAGGUAGCAAACCGAGAGUAGCGACUCCAGAAGUUGUAAGCAAAAUAGCACAGUAUAAACGGGAGUGCCCCUCCAUCUUUGCUUGGGAGAUCCGAGACAGAUUACUAUCGGAGGGGGUCUGUACCAACGAUAACAUACCCAGCGUAUCGUCGAUCAACAGAGUCCUCCGCAACCUGGCUAGCGAAAAGCAACAGAUGGGUGCAGAUGGAAUGUAUGACAAGCUAAGAAUGCUGAACGGUCAGACUGGGACUUGGGGCACGAGACCUGGGUGGUACCCGGGGACAUCCGUCCCAGGACAGCCAGCGCAAGAUGGCUGCCCACAGCAAGAAGGAGGGGGUGAAAAUACCAACUCCAUCAGUUCAAACGGUGAAGAUUCAGAUGAGGCACAGAUGAGACUCCAGCUGAAAAGAAAACUGCAGCGAAAUCGGACAUCUUUCACCCAAGAACAAAUAGAAGCGCUUGAGAAAGAAUUUGAGAGAACUCAUUACCCUGACGUGUUUGCCAGAGAGAGACUAGCUGCCAAAAUAGACUUACCUGAAGCAAGGAUACAGGUGUGGUUUUCCAACAGGAGGGCAAAGUGGAGACGGGAAGAGAAACUAAGGAAUCAGAGAAGGCAAGCCAGCAACACCCCCAGUCACAUUCCCAUAAGUAGCAGUUUCAGCACAAGUGUCUACCAACCGAUCCCCCAACCCACAACACCUGUUUCCUCUUUCACAUCAGGUUCAAUGCUGGGCAGGACAGACACCGCGCUAACAAACACAUACAGUGCUUUGCCACCCAUGCCUAGCUUCACAAUGGCUAACAACCUGCCUAUGCAACCCCCAGUACCCAGCCAGACCUCCUCUUACUCUUGCAUGCUGCCCACAAGUCCGUCAGUGAAUGGGAGGAGCUAUGAUACAUACACCCCUCCUCACAUGCAGACACAUAUGAACAGCCAGCCAAUGGGCACCUCUGGCACCACCUCAACAGGUCUUAUUUCCCCUGGAGUAUCAGUUCCUGUUCAAGUUCCCGGCAGUGAACCCGAUAUGUCUCAAUAUUGGCCAAGAUUACAGUAA